GGCGGCGAUGGUGAAGGAAACCAUCCGGGUGUACGCCCGGGUGAAGCCGCUGGGCAGGCGGCAGCAGGCGGGGAUUUAUUCAGUUGAUGACGAUGAGAAACCUCUCUCCAGUCUGGAGAUUAUUGUGCCACGUGAUUUAGCAGAUGGGUUCAUCAAUAAUAAACGAGAGAGCUACAAGUUCAAAUUUCAGAAAAUUUUUGAUCAAGAGGCAAAACAAGAUGUGGUUUUUGACAGCAUUGCCAAACCAGUAGCAGAAUGUGUUUUGGCAGGAUAUAAUGGCACUAUCUUUGCAUAUGGUCAGACAGGCAGUGGCAAAACUUUUACCAUCACAGGAGGAGCAGAACGUUAUAGUGAUCGAGGCAUCAUUCCCAGGACUCUAUCUUAUAUUUUUGAUCAAUUGCAGAAGGAUAACAGCAAAGUGUAUACAACUCAUGUUUCCUACUUAGAAAUCUACAAUGAAUGUGGUUAUGAUCUGCUGGACCCAAGACAUGAGGCCUCCAGAUUGGAAGAUUUGCCAAAAGUGACAAUAAUGGAAGACCCCGAUCAGAACAUUCAUCUGAAAAACUUGUCUCUUCAGCAAGCAACUAGUGAAGAAGAAGCCUUAAACCUACUCUUCUUGGGAGACACCAACAGAAUGAUAGCUGAGACACCAAUGAAUCAAGCCUCAACCCGAUCUCACUGCAUUUUCACUAUUCACAUCUCCAGCAAGGAACCUGGAUCUGCAACUAUCCGACGCUCCAAGUUACACUUAGUAGACCUUGCUGGAUCAGAGCGCGUUGCAAAGACUGGAGUUGGAGGUCACUUAUUGACAGAAGCCAAAUAUAUCAACCUGUCAUUACAUUAUUUGGAACAGGUGAUAAUUGCCCUUGCAGAGAAAAACCGGUCCCACAUUCCUUACCGAAACUCUAUGAUGACCUCAGUGUUAAGAGACAGCCUGGGAGGAAACUGCAUGACUACCAUGAUAGCAACGCUCUCUAUAGACAAAAGAAACAUAGAUGAAUCUAUAUCAACCUGCAGAUUUGCACAGCGAGUUGCUCUUAUAAAGAAUGAAGCAGUUCUUAAUGAAGAAAUUGACCCCAGAUUGAUGAUUGUCCAGCUGCAAAAGGAGAUCCAGGAGUUGAAGGAUGAGCUGGAGCUGGUGACUGGCAAGCAAAGAACGUCAGCGCUUUCACAAGAGGAGCUGCUUCAGUUGGAUGAGUUAAUCGAAACGUUUCUCGAAGAUAAUGAUCCUGAUAGCACUCUGGAUGUUGGUGCUGACAUGCGCAAGAUCAAGUAUUGCUUCAUUCAUGUGAAGCAACUAAUGAAUCGUUCAAAUAUUUCUGAUAAAAAACUAUCACAACACAUCUCUGAAGAAAAAGACCCUAACAAAGAAGCAGGAGAAGAAGAACUGAAAAAACUGAAAGAACUUCUGCAACAAAGAGACAAUGAAAUCAAUAUUCUGGUAAAUAUGCUAAAAAAAGAAAAAAAGAAAGCACAAGAUGCGCUUUUACAGCUUAAUGCUGCCUCUGCUGGUUCUAAAGUCUUGGAGCAGUCUCUUUCUAUAAACUUGGAAGAAAGUCAGAGCCCAUCUAGCUGUUUUAGUCUGAAAGAGGCAAAAGAUUUCAGCUCUUCAGUUCACAGACUACCUUUUAUUUCCAGACAAACAGGAGGAAAGAUGUCACUUGGAUGUCAGGAAGCUUUUGAAGUUUUCAAGCAGGAGCAUGCUGACAGUAUAACUAUUGAGGACAACAAACAGCUGCUAAAACAGAGGUUUGCUGAAGCAAAAUGCCUUGGAGAACAAUUAAAUGAAGUGAGAAAUAAAAUAAACCAUCUGAAAGGAGAAAUAACCCAGAGGCACAUUCAGAGGGCAGCUUUAGCUGUUUCCAGUCCUUCUGAAGAGCUAAAUACACUUGAUCCAGUAGAAGAGAAACUUCGAAAGCAAAUGGAAGAAGAAAAAAAAAGUUAUAAAACAAUGUUCAAUCACCUGAAAGGGCUGAAGGUAGAGAUUGAGCACCUGCAGCUUCUUAUGGAAAAAGUCAAGAUGAAGCUCCAAAAAGACUUCGAAGUCUGGUGGUCUGAAGAGGCAAAAAAUCUACAGCAGGAAAAGCCAGAGAUGAUUAGCUCACCAAAUACCGCAACUGUUUAUCCCCAGUUUAUCAAAUCCUCACAACAUCUAUCAACUAACAGUUUUUCAGGCACCACAAGAGUCAGCCCUAAUGAAGAUCCAGCUGGGAAAAACAAUUCAAUCACUUCUAGCAACCCUACUUUAAAAACGAGGGAAGGAGCGACCCCACCAAGUUCAAGUACAUCUAUUCCUCUGACUGGAGACAGCCAGGCUGAUGCUGACAUCCUAGCUUUCAUUAAAGCAAGACAGAACAUCCUGCAAAAGAAAGUCCAGUGCUAUUCUUUAUGUCCUUUCAGGCUUGGGGAACAAAUGACAUUCCUCUGGAAGUCCACUAUUUCCUUUUAGAAAUAAAGACCUUUAUUCUUUGCCUUCCUCUUCUGUUUAG